AUGGUGUGGGACCGAUAUUUCGGCCAGUCAGCCCGAUCAGAGGCAUCAGGAGGCAGGCAUCUACAGACUUUUAUAGCCGCGAGUGACUGGUCGGCGGUGGUCGACUGUUGCAUGCGUGGUGUCACGAUGUUUCCUCUUCAAUCCCCACACACAUACACACACAUGCAUGCACACAGGUGCACACAAUUGCUGGUGGAAUGGGAAAAGAGGAAGGAAGUGCUUUACGAUACCGAGAGCAGAAUGCUGGAAAAAAGGACCAAGGACAGCUUGUAA